AUGAAACUCUCCAUCUCUCUGAACAAACCAAAAGUCGCUCAACCCAAAGCACCCGUUCUCCGUCCUUCUGCUUUCUCCUUGGGUGGCGAAGAAGAAGGCGACGAUGGAGAGGACACGUCAAAUCUACCUGGCCGGUCUGGCCCUGUGGCCCAUAACGUCGAGUCAUCGAAGGUCAUGAGGAAGCGAAUCCAAGCGGAAAAGCGUGUAGACGAAACGGUGUACGAAUAUGAUGAAGUAUGGGACAAGAUGCAGGAAGCCAAGCACCGCGCUCAAGCUGCGAAGGAAGCGGAUGCGAACAUUCGAAAGCCGAAAUAUAUCCAAAAUCUUCUUUCCUCCGCUGCAACACGAAAACUCGAUCAUCUUCGAGCAGAAGAGAAGAUGAUGCAGCGAGAACGAGAAGCAGAAGGCGAUAUAUACAAAGACAAGGAGUCAUUUGUAACACAGGCUUACAAGGACCAGAUGGAGGAAGUGCGUAAAGCUGAAGAAGAGGAGAAGAAGAGGGAAGAAUUAAGGAAGAAGCAAGGGGGCAUGUCAACUGGAAUGACCCACUUCUACCGUCAACUAUUAGAGGAAAACGCUCAGCAACACGAGGCUACAGUUGCGGCGACUGAGAAGAAAAUCAUUGGUCCCCAACCAGUUGGCGCCAAUCUGACUAUAACCAAGCCUGCCGAUUUCGCACCAUUGGCCGACGUUGAACUUGCGAAACUUGCGCGAGCGGAAGGCAAGGAGGUCGAACUCAAUGACGACAACCAGAUUGUCGACAAACGGGAGCUGCUUUCUGCUGGAUUAAACCUCUCGCUUCCAAACACUCGGCGCCUGGGUGGGUUGAAUGCUGGAAAGAAAAGCGAGGCGGAAACACAGGCUGCACAAGCCCAUCGAGCUGUGGGGUUGGCUGCUUCUCGAAAAGAGAUCAACGAGCGGAGGGCCAGAGAAAUCCAACAGCAGCUUGACGGGGAAAAACAAAGACAAGAGAGAUCAAAGAAAGAGGAAGAGGAACGGGCGCUGCAGCGAACGGUUGCCAAACGAAACAACGAAGUGUCUGUCGAGGACGCUCGUGCCCGAUAUCUGGAAAGGAAACGUCGGAAGUUGAAAGAAGAGCAGGAGACAACGGCACCUUCUUAG